AUGGCCUACGAAAAAUCAGUCAACAUCUCUGACAUCAACAGGUCGAUGUUCAAGUGCCCAUGGCUGGAAUAUCCAGAAAGGACCAAAGAACUCAGAAGAGCCACAGCUCCUGUUCUCCUGCCCUUGUCCUGCCACCAGAUGCCAAAGGAAGAGUUUCCCCCAAGUCCGGAGUGCUGGAGGCAGCACCCGAGCAAGCCAAACUCCGUACCUUACUGCUACUCCACGCAGCCUGAGAUCUACACGCACUGGCACACCCUGUAUAAUCAGCAAAAGGAACGGGAGGCCCAGAAGAUACUGUGGAAAAUGAGAGAUCGCCCUAGGUACCUCAAAGAGGGUACCCUCAUCCAAAAACUCCAUCUCCCAAUGAGCAAGCUGAUUGUAAAGCCUCAGAUGGAAUCUAAGCCCUUAGACCCUACUGGGGACCUCCUGAAGUGGCAAAGAUUAAAGGAACUCACAGAAAGCCUGAAAUCUCCCAGAGAGGAUGAGCAACUCUAUGCAGCACAGGCUCUGGGGUGCCUGGGCGUCAGAGACAAGUUCAUCAUGGAAGCACUAUGGCAGGUGGCCCAAACUGGCCCAGAGAAAGUGAAGUGUGAGGCCUGUCAAACCCUGGCCAUCCUGGGUUGCCUGAAUAAGCAUGUGAUCCAAGCUCUCAUCAAGCAGUUGAAGGGGCAAAAUGAGGGGCAAAGGAUGGAUACUCUGACAACGCUACGGGUGUCUCUGAACUCCUGGGCUGCUGUCCCCAAAGACCAGAGGACUCAGGUCGAGGAUGGAGAGAAGCUGGUGCCUGUGCUGCAGAUGCUGAUAAAGAAGUCAGGGAACAAGGCAGCAGUGGAGGCGGCCCUGUGCUUGGGGUUCCUGAGGCCCUGUAGCAGCACAGCCCGAGAGUACUUGCUGCAGUGCCUGCACCAAGGGCCAAAGACCCAGCAGAUGCAGGCACUCAGUAUGCUGGUCAAGAUAAUGGGUGUGCACUCAGCCACGGUCAUCAGGACCAUCCUAGACCAGCUGUGCUAUUCCAGUGUCCUUGAGCACCGUUUUGAAGCCAGCCAGAUGCUCAAGACCAUUGGGCUGGAACAGAUCCAGGCACAGGGCCUGGAAGGACUCACAUUUGACCUGCUCAGGAGGAAGACGUAUAAUGAACCCUUCUUUGCUAUGAGGCAGGCUGUUGCUGAAACUGUGGAAGAGCUCAAGAUGAAGCCCACAAUGAUGAACUUGGUGGAGGCGCAACUGAUGAGCUCAAAUGCCACUGCACGCCAGGAAGCAGUCAUCUCUUUGGGCGCCCUGGGGAUCCGCAGCCCACAAGUGUUCCACUUGGUCCUAGACAUGCUGGAUGUGGAAAAGAGCCCGUCUGUGAAGAAAAGUCUACAAGAAACAUUAAUUCUUUGGGCCUCGAUUGAUCCCUGGAUCCAAAACAAGCUGAAGAACAAGGUUCUCUUUGUAUCUGAAGUGCCUAAGACCAGCAUGAAUGUAGAGAUCACGAGGUUCCGGAAAGAGCCUGAGAAACCAGAAGAGUUAAAUAUCCAAGACUUUCAACUUGCACAGCUGAACCCCUUGUUUCUUACAAAGUCCAGUGCCACAUCAGACCAACAGAAGAAGUUAAAUGCCCAGAAAGGGUCUGGUACCUCUGCCUUUCCAUCCUGUUUCUCUAAACCACAAAAACACAAGUCACAGGCCACAGGGUCCUGGCCACGAGGGAUCAGGAAACAGCUCCGGAUCCUUGCUGAGACCUCCAAUUAG